UCUCUCCCUCUCUCACAGAAUUGGCUUUGUGGAAAGUUGCUUAUAUUGCUUGCUAAUGAGGAAGGAAGAAGCGAAGAGAAGCGAAGAACCCGAGAGGGAGAGGAUUUACCAGAGCAUAAAAACUUUGCCUCUCGUUGCCGGGUUUGGGUCGUGCUCAUGGCGAACCCGCCUACCCAGGCGAGUCUUCUCCUCCACAAGCAACUCAAAGAUCUCUGCAGGCACCCGGUCGAUGGCUUCUCCGCAGGCCUGGUUGACGAUUCCAAUAUCUUUGAGUGGAGCGUCACCAUCAUCGGCCCUCCCGACACCCUGUAUGAUGGAGGAUAUUUCAACGCAAUCAUGAGCUUCCCUCCCAAUUAUCCCAAUAGUCCUCCAUCUGUCAGGUUUACCUCGGAAAUGUGGCAUCCUAAUGUUUAUCCUGAUGGGCGGGUUUGCAUAUCGAUCCUCCACGCUCCUGGCGAUGAUCCAAAUGGAUACGAGCUUGCUAGCGAGCGCUGGUCACCUGUACAUACGGUUGAGAGCAUAGUUCUAAGCAUAAUUUCCAUGCUUUCAAGUCCUAAUGAUGAAUCUCCUGCAAACAUUGAAGCAGCAAAAGAGUGGAGGGAGAGGAGGGACGAGUUCAAGAAGAAAGUGAGUCGAAUUGUUAGGAAAUCGCAGGAAAUGUUAUGAAAUGAUGAAAUCUUCUUUUAUUUUCAUGGAUCGACGAGCUUCCUUCUUGUCAUCUAUGUCAGAACAAUAUUUGUCGUCUGUGGCUGGUUACCUGCUAAAAAUGGGGUUAAUGCGUCUGGAUGUUCAACUGAAAUCGUCGACCCAUUUUCUUCUAUCCGAGGUUCAGAACUGGCCUUGUGGGGUGCGGGCAAGGGACCUACAAGGACGUGAUUGAGUUCUUAAUUUUCCUCUGUAUGAAAUUAUAGUGGGUUUUCUGCUUUUCAGACAGAUAAGCUGCACACAAAUGAAACAUGAUCUGGGCACGGGUGGCUAAUUGAAAUUUACUUCUAGUUUUGAGCAUUCA